GCUGCUGCCGCCGCUGUUGGUUCUGGUGCUGCUGUAGUUGCUGUUCUUCAUGGAUGUCAUCAGUUGCUUCGCGUUCGACUGGAGAUUCGUGGCUUUGCCUCGCAGCGUUUGAAGUUACACUGCUGUUGUUCGCUGUUGCUUGGGAACGCGCCUGCCGCUGCCGUAAUUGCGGCAAAAUUGUUGUUUUCUCACUGAAAACUUGCUUCAAGCGUGCAUUCAACAUCAUGGACGCUAUGUAACCAAAUGUGUGUCGCUCUAUUGUUCUCCACUUUCUGGAAUCGGCCGUACACAGCCGGUUUGGGGAUACAUCUGCUCCUCCCGGGGACAAAAUCAUGCUGUCCCCGCGUCUCGAAGGUCCCUUUGUUCGCAUACAGGUCCUCAAUCGUAUACAGUGGGUGGCCCGAUAUAGUGCCGGUUGAACAGUGCCGGUUGCCGGUAUAGUGCCGGUGUUUUCGGCUCGCACACACCGGAAUAUCAAGUCUUUCUGUACUCUGAAUAGUGCCGGUGCCCGGUACAGUGCCGCUUUGCUCUCUGAAUACAUACCGGCACUAUAGAGGGCCCCCUACUGUAAUAACUUACAGGCAUUGAUGUAAACAUCAACAAUUUUUGUUGGGGGGGGGGCUGUAUCACGUAGUACGCCAAAUUUCUGCGAAAACUGGCCCUCUCCUGUGGAAAAUCUCAUUACAUACGCCGGGGAUGACAACAAUUGAUCCUCUGGGUCAAGAAUGUUUUUUUUUUUUGGUAUAAUGGAGUACUAUAUGAAGACCCAUGCUGAAGGUUAGACGCUCAAAACACCCAUUUUGGGCACAUCAUCGCCAUAUUUCACGUCGGGCUCAUGCAGUUGGAUUUUCGAACCGGGCUGAUCUUCUGGGGCGGAGGAAGUAUUUGUUUUAGCUGUCGGCACGGGUGCACGUUGUAGAUGCCGUUGAUUUCGCUUUCACCGUGUGGGCCACUACCAAUAUGUCGACAUGAACUGCCAAAAUACCUACAAAGAGUAGUUCCGACAAGUGCGAAAAGUAGGCAACAGUACUCUUCUUGCACGAGACGCUCUGAAGUCGCAACAUCUCUUGGGCAUUGCUCGAACUUUGCUUUCUCUCAAGCAGGCAGUUGAGAGGCUUGAGGGUCAACCAAGAGGUUUUUGGCCAACUCGAAGAAGAGGAGCGACAGCGCAUCGUGUCCGAAAGGGCCACAUUUGCGUGGGAGGCGCACAGGAACGAAGUGGCGGCAAUGCGGCGGAGGCAACAGGAGGAACCCGCUUCCGAGCGUCAGCAGCAUCAGGAGAUCCUCAAGGGCGCGAGCCGCUCGCCACUAGCAACAACGACAAUGCCGUAUUGACGGAGCGAGCUGCGGCCGCGGAGCGAAUUGCCGAGGAAUUGGGCGGGGAGGCGACGAGGGCGGCAGUGCAGCACCAGGAGACUCUGGCCCGAGGGCGCGAGCUGCUCGCCGCCAGCAACAACGGCAAUGACGUGUUGAUGAAGCGAGAUUCGGCUGCGGAGCGCACUGUCGAGGAAUUGCGCGGGUUUCCAUGCGUUCCUCAAAUACGUGCUGAUAACGGUGGACGACCGCGGGAACUGCUACCAGAGCAACUGGUUUCUGCUCACCAUCCUGUGGGCAGUCCUCCAGUGUCCGCGGCGCAUCCAGCGUUCGAUCAGCACGUCGCUUGCACGGAUACGACGAGGGUGGGGCAUUGCUCCAUAUUCCGCCGCACCACCAGCGUGCAGGUGCAGACUGGGGCUCCGGUCAACGCAGUUGCCUCCGCUUUCGACUUGGCCCUUCGCGAGGACCGCGAGGACCACGCUGCCGCCUCAUCUGCGCUUCGGGAGGGCUCUCGCCGGCAGAGAGAGAACACCAUGGGCGUUGGGCGUGUAUUCGGCAACGACGGGAUGAAGCUGUUCUUCGCGCAGGCACGGGAGACGGCACUCGCUUUAUCGAACGCACAGGAGUACGGCCCGGCCGCCGCCCCUGCAUCCUGUCCAGCUUCUCUGGCAGCUUUGAACCUGAACGACACGCAUUGACCACUGCCGGCGACGCACGGCGGGAUCGAAGCAACUUCACGAUCAAGAAUGUACAUAAAAGGAAUCGAUCCGAGACGAAGCAGGCACGAGAGCAGCAGCCGCCGGGAGCACAAGGCCACCGUGUAGCCGUUGACAAGGGGCUGCAUGGCGUUUAGAGGGUGCGCGAUGGCGAGAUCGCGUUUUGCUCGUCUCAACUGCAAUUCCCACACCGGCUCGAACACACUUUCAGUGUUCGGGCGCGUAUCUCUCUUGUGGUGAAUACCCCGCGUGGGAGAGUCGGGGCAAGUUGACAGCUCACGCGAUUGCUGGAAACAGUGAUCGUAUUAUGUUCUACAGUACAACAGACACGUAUCACAGUGAUCGGAGAAAUGUUAUGCGCUGGAGGUUUUUUUUUCUAUGUCUGUCCGACAAAACAAGUACGAUGUAAAAAUCUAUCGAGUACUACAGUAGGUUACAUGAGCGAAUCGGGGUGUGUACCGAAGAUUUGAGUGUAUCGAACAGUCCACGCUUCCCGGGCCGAAGUAUUUUUCGACAUACAAACAACACGUUCAUAUUGUUACCGACCGCCAAACGACGUUUCUUUACUACGCGACCGAAUGAUAAUAUGUACG